AGUAAUAAAAUGCCAACUUUAUGACCACACUAUAAGAUUCCAGUUCCCAACUUCAGGCACAAACACCUAUUAAACCAAACCAACACACGACACGGCUUUCACUCCACACUGCACUACUCCUCUACUCAGCAGCUCACAGAUCUCGCAGGCUUUCAAAACGCAGCGUCCCGUCAUCUCACAGAGAUGAGUCUCCCAUUCUCGAUCCUCACAUUCCUUCUCCUACUCUUCCUCUUCUCCUCCCCCAACUCCGCCGCCGCACGAAAAUCCGACGCGCCCCCAGAUGACAUCGUCCGUUCAUCGUGCGUCCAUGCCAGCUACCCCAACCUUUGCCUCCGCACUCUCUCGUCCUACGCGGGCUCCUCCUCCUGCAAGACCCCUCGCGACCUGGCCCGAGCCGCCGUCAAGGUCAGCCUCUCCCGGACCCGCCGAGUGUCCAAGUACCUGGCCCAUGUCUCUGCCGGCGACAGCGAGAGACAGCGUGAGGCGCUGAGUGACUGCGCGGAGCAGAUAUCGGACUCGGUGGACUCACUGAGUAGUACGCUGGGGGAGCUUAAGCACCUUCAAGAGGGAGAGAGUUUCCGGUGGCACAUGAGCAACGCGCAGACGUGGGUGAGCGCGGCCAUGACCAAUGAGGACACUUGUCUCGAUGGGUUUCAGGGCGUUGAUGGGAAGGUCAAGUCGGAUGUGAAGCGGAAGGUCACGAAUCUGGCUAGGGUUACUAGUAACGCGCUCUACAUGAUCAAUCGCCUUGAUGAGAGUCGUGGCAAGCAUCUUUGAUGAUGGACGGCCCCAUAUAUGAUAUGAUAUGAUAUAAUAUGCCGCUUCUGAGCUAGUUUCGAUCAUUAUUAAAAAAAAAAAAAAAAAAAUUAUCUUUUUGUCGUCCAAAAGCUGUAUGUAUUUGUAAUUUAGUGUGAGCCUGUAUUUGCUAUGACUAUGUUUUUGUUUUUACUGCUGUAGUAUUUUUCUUCAAUGUAAAAGUUUAUUAUGUUAUGCUGACAACCUUGACAGGUGUCCAUUUGGUGUUUCAAAUCUCAAUGCCUCGGGUUCAUGACAGCCUGUGCUUUUCCAGGAGGCCCCUACUUGCUGGGCCUGAGAAAAGAAGGGCCCAUAUCUAAUUCCGCUGUGUACGUGUGUUAGCUAAGCUAGCUGUUGAGGCAACAAAAAUUGGUCCUUUCUAGGGUAGUGGGAACAAAAUUGGCCAGAUAAAUUCAUGUCAUCCAUCAUUUCCCCUGCCCCUGCCCCAUCCCCUUGUGUAAUUCUAUUAUGGAAACUGCGUAACAUGUCUUUUUCGGUGUUGUGAUACAGCUAUUUGAAGACAAUCAUAUUAAUGGCCUUUAAACA